GAGGUCACCAUUGGAACAGCAAUGCAGCAUGGCUUACUCGUUUCCACCGCGAGGAUUUUCUGUAUUUCAAAAUAAUGUUUCUGCUGCAGAAAAAUGCGACGAAGGAAAUGCUUCUGUACCGGAAAAUCCACAGUGUUCCAGUGGUAACGGAGAAAUAACUCACCAAUUGAAUGACAAUCAAUAUUUUGGCUACCCUCCUCCGAGAGUUGUCGGCCCCUGGUCCAGGCCACCUCAUCCCCAUCCAUUUCCCAAUAAUUUCCGUGGAAAAAGAAUGCUAGGGCCUAGGCCUAGACAUUGUUUUCCACCAUUCUCUAGAGAUCCGUUCCAUAGACAAAAUUUUGAUAAUAAUUGGCCUCGCCCUUAUGUACACGAGGGACCUCCUCACUUGCAUGGAAUAGAGCAAUUUCAAAAUAAUGGUUAUCCUAAUUCGAGUUUCCAAAUGAGACACCCAAACAGGAAAAACCACCUGCGAAAUAAUAACGUUAACAAAACUGGACCAAAUUUUGGCCAGUCAGCAAAAAAGAGGAAGUUGAAUGCCCAUACUCAUCAAGGAAACUGGUCAGAUAAUGAAGCUGUAAUAAACAAAUUUGAUUUCUUCUGUGAUAUGUGUGAUAGAGGAUUCAAAAGUGAUGAAACCUACCAAGAGCACCUCAGGUCGCAUGUUAAGUGUGAUGUAAAAGGGUGCAAAUUUGAAGGUGCCUUCAAGAUUGUUAAACAGCACAAGAAGAUGCAGCAUGCUUCAAACUCCAAACCUAUCGGCUCCCUUGAAACCCCCGAAGAGGUGGAAAAAUGGAGGCAGGAGAGGAGGAAGAAGUAUCCAACCAUAUCCAAUGUCCAAAAGAAGGAAGCAGAAGUGAAAGAAAGAAUCAGGUCUGGAAAUGUACUCAAAACAAAAGAGUUUGGGAAAAUGAAGCAUAAACCUGAAACACUAGAAUCAGAUCAGCAGAAAAAAACACAAAAAGUUGAGGAAUCUCAAAGGGACGCAAGCUGUUUAGGAUCCCUCGGAUCAUUAAUGGCCGCCUAUGGUGGAAGCGAUUCAGAAAAAAACAAUUCAAGUGAAGAAGAGGGUGAGAUUCGUAUGGAAUGCCAGCCUGUCCGUCAAACCAUGGAUGAUCCAAAUGUGCAAACCAUGAAUGAUCCAGGAGUGAAGAAAUUGAAUUGGAAAGAAAAGAGAAAACUGAGAAGGAAAGAAAUUAAAUUAAGUAAGAAAAACAAGAAGGUUGAGCAUUCAAAUAAACGAAGGAACUUGCUCGAAAUGUUACUAGCUCCUGACAUUCGACAUGAACGGAAUGUGAUUCUCCAAUGUGUAAGAUUUAUUGUCAGUCAAAAAUUCUUUGACAAAUCAGUAGCUACAAUGAAUGGUGGAGUUGAAAACUUAGAAUCAUCAGUUUACAAUCAAGUAGUUUUCAACAGCAAAGAGGUGGCUGAACAAGAUGAAGAAACUCAUUAAAGAAGUAAAUUUCAUACACCGAAAUGAAAAUGACACAACACCACAAAUAAUGAUACUGAAAAUAAAAAUAAAAAUUCGAAAAUUGUGUUGCUAUGGAAAUAAAAAAUCCUAACAAGGCGAAUGCACUAUGUUAGAAUGAUUGAAGUCACCAUGCAAGUACAAUAACAGGAUAUAUUAUUUCAUUUAUUAUACAUUAUUACAUAUAUAUAUUUUUUUGGUAUUUUAUUGGUAUUUUAUUUUAUUCUCACAUUGGAUGUUUGUUGGGAGGAGGGGAUAUCAUGUCUGGAUUUUAAAAGGCCCAUAGGCUGCUAUAAUACAAUAAUAAUACGUCCUAUAUAUUGUAUAAUUUUCAUAUAAAUUGUUAAUUUGUUUAAAUAUUAUUAAUUUUUUUAAUUGAUAACAGAAACAUAAUAUUUUAUACUAUUCAACUGAGUUUUAGCACACAUGUAAAUUUCAUUUUACUUCAUAAUGUGUACAGUAUGUAAUGAAUAAAUGAAAUUUCUAUCUGAAAUAAA